CGAGGAAAUUAUUGUGAUGUCUGCGCAUGUAGGGCGCACAUGACAAUAAACAUGCAAUGGUGAAUAAGUAAUGGUAUUCGAUUUUGUGCAUCGCGAGGCGCAGCCGUGGUGGUGACGGAUAAAGCCAGGAGCACGCGCUGGCAGCGGCCGCGACUGCCGCUUUGCCCAGCUAGGUACGCGGCAGGCACAAAUUGUGUUGGGCUAUGUAAUUGAUUUCAGAAAAUGUGUAAGCAUGCGUCGGCCGCUUCAGAAUGUAGGUACGUUGUGUGCGCAUUUACAUCGUCCUUAUCAGCUGAUUACAUUCGGCCAGUGCAGUGGCUGCCGUGCACCACCAAAUGUUUUUAUUAAUCUUACACAGUCACGGGUACUGGUGCUAAUCAUUCGUCCACAUCUCUACACUUGCAUGCGUUACGCGAGGAAUAGUGAUCAGCGGUAGCGGGCGGUGGUGAUGCAGCGAGCUCACGGGGGCGGCGCCCCGCAUUCGCAGGCCUCCGCCACCGCUCACCCCAAUGUACGCACACACAACUCCUACGCAGACAUCGAUGAUCAGAUACCUGCUUCCGUGAUAAGUAGUGUGGGCACAGUAAGCCUGUCUCAAUCAUCAACGCACCCCACUACUAACAUAACGAUGGCCAACCCCACGAACCUGGGCAACGCCAGCAGCAAUGGGCAGCCGGCGGCCCAACAGACACCAACCCAGGCUCCCGUGCGAAACUUGCCCAAGAAACGGAAGUUUGACCCGUCAGUGCUGGAAGAAAUGAGCUGUUCAAACAACAACACAGUGAACGCUCCGCUUCCAGUCGAGUACCAGCCGCAGUACCAACAGUCAGUGCUGCAGCCGUCUCCAAUAAUCCAGCGCUCUUCUCCGCCUUCAGAAAUGAAGCCAUACAUCAAUUCAUACCCCAAUAUUGACUUGUCAGAAUGGCGGGACCACAGGGUGCUGGCGAAGCAACGGGGGUUGUAUGUUCCAGGAGUUAUUCGUCAGGCCGAGGGUUGUAAAGUGAUAGUGGAGUUCGACGGGCUCGAGAACGAGCCGGUGGAGUAUAGUGAUGUGUUCGGUGUGAAUAAGAACGAUGUGAUAAGUGACGCGAGCCCCCAAAUGAGCCAUCUGCACAUGGGGUCGCUGUGUGUCGUAAGGACUACGGACCCCAGCCGUGAGAAUGUGCAAAAUGUUUUCGUGGAAGGUCUUGUGUAUGAAGUUCUUAAUUCUCCUAUAAGGAUUAGAGUUAAGGUAACAGAUGGUGAUCUCUGCAAAGAAAUGGUGGAAGUGAAGCGAGCAGAUAUCAGACUGCUGCAGCCUCCGUGGGCGGAUGAGCUGGAGGAUGCUGGCACCCACACCUCGUCUUCCAUGCACCCCUCACUGCGUUUACAUCAUGUCCCUACUCAGAUGGGUGGCGAUAACUUCUACACGUCAUCCCCGAUGCCCGGCGCGGGCGCCGGUGGCGUAGUGACGGUGGGUGCGUUGUCCAACGGCUCAAUGGACGACUUGCGCAAGCGACAGCCCUUCGACGAUUACGGAGAAAGCGAUGACGAUCUGCGACGAGAGGACAUUAUGUUCCCCGCGGAUGUUUCGCAUAUGGCAGAUUGCAGCAACAGCAAACGCAGUAGUCUUCAGAGCCGAGGCAGUACGUCCAGUUUGCUGGAGAGAAGUCUCACACCAAGGUCCCAGCCUCCUACUCCUAGAUCUCAGGCGGCAACCCCGCACAAAUACAAGAAGGGGGAUGUAGUCUCGACCCCGACUGGUAUCAGAAAGAAGUUUAACGGUAAGCAGUGGCGCCGUCUGUGCUCAAAGGAUGGCUGCACCAAGGAGAGUCAACGACGGGGAUUCUGUUCCCGACACCUGUCUUUGCGAGGAGUGACCAGGUCUUCCAACACUCCGUUGGCACAGGGAUCUGCUCAUACUCCACAACAAAGAAGCAGCAGUAAAUCCCUGUCUUCAAGUGGUACGGGAGUCGAAGGCGACGAGACGUCGCGCGAGUCGGACACUACGCCACCACAUUACCGCGUCACGGGCCGGUUUGAUUCUGAUGAAACCGAGGCUGCUAAUAUGCUAGUGUCGCUGGGCAGCUCGCGGUCGGGCAGCCCGGGCGCGUCCCCGGUGGGCGGCGGCGGGUCCCCCGGCCUGCGCAACAACCUGUUCGUGCCCAUCUCCUCGCCGCAGCCGCAGCCGCAUCACCCGGCCGCCCUCUACCACCACCAUCUUAUCAGGCCAGAAUUAGUCCGACCUAGUCGAGUCAACUCACCGGUCGGUGGGGUCGCCACAAGCGUCAUCAGAGUGUCGCCAGGACCUAACUAUCAUUACCAGGUCGAGAAUAGAAACGGCCCAACAAUAGUUCAGACGAAUAAUGCCUCUCAAUCAAAUGUGAUUGGUGUUCAAACUUCAGGGCUGAACCUGCAAAACACAAUACAUACUAGCAUUAAUGCUACAACAACAACUCUAUCCAGCCUCACUCUGCCUUCAAGUAUAUCGCUCAAUCUGAACAACUUGAACACUCAAAACUUGCAGACAAGCAUUGCAAACACUAUUCGUAACACCAACGAGCUGGCACACAACUUGAUAGUACCGAGGACUAUCCCGACGUCGAACGGGAUAGACGUAGAGCAGAUAUACCGGACCCAGCCACUCCACAGGAACGGGAUCCAUGAGCCAUACCGCCGCGACACUGACAUGUCGCCGUCACAGAACAAUCAUGAAAAUUUUCUCAAUAGAAGAGUCUCGGAGUACGACGACGAUGACGAUGCAGUGUCGCAAAGAGAGAACAACAUACUCCGCAAUGUUAUUGAUACUCGGCCGCCCGAACUAUCCGAGACUCGCGUAAUGGAGGACAAUAAGAGGAUUGUAAAGCCGGCGCCGUUGCAGGCUCGGUUCUUGUCGGUCGUGGAGCCCGAUGUGAAGGAUCCUGUGAAGAGAUAUUACGUCACCAUGCUGCCUCAGAGUACCCCAGACAAGAAGUAUGUGUUUAUUAAGAACGAGCCUGGGGAGACUGUGCAAAUAGAGCAGCGUAUAAACCAUCUGACUCAACAAGUCAACAACAAUGACUCCGAGCCGGAACAUCGGGGAUUAGAUAACGGGGAUCAUGUAAACAACGUGAACAACAGUGCAGUGAUAGUGCACCCAAACCAGUUGCUACCGGUUUUACCGCCGCCCGCCUCGCACACUAUCAUCGUGUCGAGCAACACGUUCCCGUGGCAGUCGCUGGUGCCGCUGCUGGGCGCGGCGGGGGCGGGGGGAGCCGCGCCGCCGGCCGCGCCGCCGUCCCCGCGCACGCCGCGCACGCCGCGCACGCCGCACACGCCUCACACGCCUCACACGCCACACACGCCCGCCCCACUAAUCAAGUCUGAGGAUCAGAUCAAAACCGAGGCUAGCGACCCUCCGAUGUGUAUGGAUGAGGAUGACGAGGUGUUUGAGUCCGAGGACUCCGGAGUCGGCGGAGAUGACCCCAACAAGCGACCAUCACAGAAUACGUCGGCGCUUAACUCACCUGCCACGCAGGAAAAGAAGGAGCGUCGUAUCCGUCGUCCGAUGAAUGCGUUCAUGAUCUUUUCAAAGCGUCAUCGACAGAUAGUGCAUCAAAUGCAUCCCAACCAAGACAACCGUACUGUCAGCAAGAUCCUGGGCGAGUGGUGGUACUCACUGAAGCCUGAAGAGAAACAGAAGUACAACGAACUCGCCAGCGAGGUAAAAGAAGCACAUUUCAAAGCUCACCCAGAGUGGAAAUGGUGCAACAAGGAUAGAAGGAAGUCUUCCAGCAGUAAAGAUCCUACUGGGUCCAUGCCACAGAGUCCUCGAACGCCUUCAGAGGUGGUCACCAGCGGUUCUGUCACGAUCAAUGCAGAUCUGCCGGUGCCUGUUGCGUCAUACAACCAUUUGGGAUCUCCGCAGCUUAGUGACGAUGAGCAAAUGCCUUCACAGACAGAAGAACCUCCGCCAGCAGUACAAAACCUAGAGAUUGACCUGAAGUGUGGAGAAAAAGUGACCGACUCGGACUCUGAAGGCCUCGACACGCGGGACUACUUGCCGUCACACCACGACCACACUAGGAGACCCAAACCCAUCAAAGCUAGGGCUGGUUCUUCAGACAAUCUCCUCGGGGGUAUUACAGCGUCUAGUCCUGGUGGACCGAAGGGUUUCCAGCCAACAGGCGGCGCGUUCAAAUCUACGCAUGCUGAUACCAACGACAGCCACAGGCUGUGGUCGGCGGCGGCGCUGAACAAGCAGAGCGUGGCGGGCAGCAUGGCGGGCAGCCUGGCGCACAGCGUGCAGACCAUCUCGCUGGACUCCGCCAUCGCCAACAUCAUCGCCGCGCCCGCCGCCAGCCAGGUGAUCUCGAGUGGUAUAUCCAACACGAUUCAGACGCCGACGUCUACGCCAAUGGCUUCGACACCGCUAGGUAACCCCGUGCUUAAGAGCUUCACCUUCGUCAAACGGAGUCUUGGGGACAAUUCGCCUUUUAUUUCUCCAGGUCCUGGUCCCCUGACGCUCUCCCUGGAUGCGUCAGGCAAUCUGCUCCUGAAGCCGAGCCAGUCUACCGACAGUCCUGCCUCCGACCAGUCCAUGCACUGCGUCCAUCUGCAGCGGUUGUAUGUACCAACAUUCAAUACUGAAGUGGAGCCCCCGAAGAGUGGCAGCCAGGGCUUGCUGAGCGUGCAGCCCGCCCCGUCCGUCAUCGUCUCGCAGACCAACACUGGCGCCGCGCCCAAACUGAACGCGCAAUGGGAAACACCAGUGGAAGAGACGCGGCCAUUCCCUCUCGCACCCACGCCGGCACAGCUCGGCAGGGCACCGCUACAGAAGCGACUUAGUCGAGGGACGUCGACGGGGUCGUGCGGCAGCGGCGCGGCGGGCGCGGACUGCGCGGACGCGCGCCCCGACUGCGACGGGCCCAGCGGGGCCAGCUCGCCCAAGCACGACCUGCCCAGCCCCAACCAGAAGAAGAGUCUCUUCAAGAAACGCAACGAGGAUGGCCGAGACAAGGUACUGGAGACGGUGAACUUCGAGCAGAAGUUCAGUACACUGCCCCAGUUCAAGCCGGAGGCCUGCAGCCCCAGCGCCAUGGUGGUGCCGCGGAGUCCACAGCUCUACAUAAGGAAGAAACACAACAAAAUGGAGGAAGAAGGCACGGCGGUAACCCCGCAGCUGGAGGCGGAGGUGGUCAACGGGAACGGAAUGCCCACUCCGCACUCAUACGGCACGCCGCAUACCACCACCAACAAACUCGUCGGGAACACAUUCUUCGGACCUGACUUCAAUCUCGACACUUAUCGAGUGGGCGGCGAGGGCGCGGAGGAGAUGUCGCCGCGCACGCCGUGCAGCGCGGGCGGCGCGGGCGGCGCGGGCGGCGCGCGCGGCGAGGCGGGCCACCGCCGCGUGCUGGAGGCGCGCCGCCACCUCGUGCUCAAGCUGUUCCAGGAGCACGGCAUGUUCCCCACCACGCAGGCCACCACGCACUUCCAGGCUACGCACAUGGACAUUUUCCCAACAAAAAUGGCACUACAAUUGAAGAUUCGGGAAGUGAGACAGAAACUGAUGGCGCAGUCGAACCUUACUCCUCACUCGGAAGUAAAUACCCCAACUAUAAACUCUCCGAUCGCGUCAGCGCCUUUUCAACCGACUUCUACGGCCAGUUAGCGAUGCGGAUACACCAUCUCCAUCAUUGUGCGCCAGUAGUAGCAUCGCCCGACAUAUACGAGAUAUCUGCCAACACCCCAAGCAGGGUUUGUUCUCACGAUGGACUCAUGCCACGAAACUUGAUCAUGAAUGCAAAAGCAUUUACUACAGUGAUUAGAUUAAUGUAUAGAGAGACUCGUUUAUAGUAUUUUAUUAUUAUCUAGAAACUAGAAAUACUUUUUUAAUUAAUAAAAAGAUAAAAAAAAAUCCCAAAAAGUUGAUAAUAUUUUAACCCAGUUUCUCAAAGGUUUGUCAAAUUAAUAAUCAACUAACACUUGUCAGUUGUCAUGGUGGUCAAAUCCAACGACUUAUAAUAAACAAUAUAUUCCAUCUAAGAAGGCGUAUGGAAUCUAGAAGGUGACACUCGCCACUCAUCCAACGAAGCAAUCAGUCGUUAAUAUUAUAUAACACCUAUUUUAAUGCUUAAUAUAAAAAAUCAAAUAGCUCAUUGUAAACACUUUACAAUAAAGGUGUUGAAUUUUAUCAUUGAAAUAAUUCAAUGGAUAUUUUUACAUAAUUUUGUCUUGUCAAACCUUUCAGAAACCGGGUGUGAGUCUAUGAGAAUUGGCGAUGCAUGGUCAAAUUAAUUCGGUAAUUUAAAAUUAUAUGUUUAAAGUAGUUUUAUCUAAAUAAUAAAUGGUACUAAUGGUUUGUUCCCUUUUCCAUAGUAUAUUGAUGUUAAAUUGUUAAACAAUGUAAGAUCCAUGCGGUCGCAGCUAACUAGACUCACGCACCCGGCUGCCCAGUGCCACAUCUAAAUGAAUGUGAAGAGGCAGUCAGACAGUAUGAGAUAGAUAUCCAUAAUUAUGCAGAAAUUACAAGUAGGUAAUAAAGAAAAGCAAAAACAGGCUUCUUUCUUCUGAGGAUCCUUUGACGUCAAAUUGUUAUGAAACACGUUAUUGUAGUUAAAGUUUUUAGCAAUAUGGCAUUAAAGUGACCUCAGACUUAUAGGGACAUAUCUAUAUUUGCUUUUAAUUGGUUAUUGAACUAACAGAUCAUUUGUUAUAUCGUUUUAGCCAUUGUCAUUAUGGGCACGAUCUCAAUUCUUAUUUUGUAUUUAAAUCUUUUGUUGGUGAGUGUUGUAAGACUUAAAUAUUAUAUGUUAUUGCAAAACUACUUCAUUAUUUCGUUGCGGUUUUACACCGAAACUCUUUGGCGUUUAAGUAUGUAAUAUUAAGGUCUAAACUUGUCCUACCAUUGAAUUUAUUUAGUCUUUUUUUAGAUGCUCAGUAGGUUUUAUCAUCUCGGUAUGGAGCCUUUUUAUAUAACAAUAUAUUACACGUAAUUACUUACAAAUAACUAUAUGCCGUAAUAACUUUUUAUAGAAUUGAUCAAGUUGAAUUUCGUUGCAAUAUGAGAAUCGAUAUAUUAGAAAGGAUAUUUAAUAUUUGAAUAUAUUUUAUAGAAUUAUGUAUGUAUGAUAUACUUAGUACAUUUACUCCACAUUAGAGGCCUUAGUGCAAGUUUGUUAUAUUUAAAGUAAUCGAAACGAGGCCAGGUUCGGCGCUCUGAUUGGUUGGUUCAUUGGAGCCGGCCAAUCAGAGCGCUAAACGCGGUACGGGUACUCGUACUAACGCCUCUGUACCUUUAGCAAGAUAUGUUUUGUUUUGCUACCUUCCCCUGAGACUAAGAAUUACUAAGGGAAAUUAUUGAGUUGGUAAUAAUGGGGUAUCUAUUAGAAAAUAUUUGUACUGGUUUUAACAGUGUUAAUUACUUGCAAUCAGUCAUUAAUCACCAUUUUGUUUAUCAAUGCAUGUAGUGACUUAGACUAUGUAAGUGAUAUGUCUUGCACCACAGAGUGAGAGUGUCGAGUAUAUGAAUGAGUGACGUUUGAGAAAGGAACUUUGGUGCGAAUACUUUCUAACAAUUGUGCAAGUCUAUUAUUUUGUAUUGUUUUAUAUUUACGUUGUGAUGUUGGUCUUCCAAUGGUUUCAAAUUAUUUCAUUUUAUUAGAUUUAUAUCUACUUAUUUAAUUAUGUUUUAAUAAAGUAAGUACGUUGUACAGUGAUUUAACAAGAGAGUCGGUAAUGUUGUGUACGAGUGACACUGAACGUGAACAUUUAAUACUUACUUAUAUUGAGUCUUUCAGUCGGUAAGAUUGAAGUAGCGGUAUCCAUUUUGAAUACAUAAUGCUAUCGUCUACAAAAAUAGCUCAAAUCUGUAACGACACUAGAUAAAUAAAUAUUUAUACAAUAAUUAUCUCAUUGUAAAUAUUAGUCGUAUUGUAUACUAGCACUAGGUAUUCCUGGCUCUCAAAGUAAUUAAGGUUUUAUUUAGAUAUUACUAAUAAUAUGAUAUAUAAUUUAUACAUGUAAAAUUUCGGCCAAUACAAAUUUUAUGUAUAUCAAAAUUGUAUUUUUUAAAUGAUCUCUUCGGCGUUAAUAUUAUUUAAAUAAUUGCUGUAGGAGUCCGGAAGUGAAAGGAAUUUAUUAAAAGUAUAUAAAACAUAAGAGAUAUUUUCGCACGGUUAAAUAUUGUAUCUCGAUAGAUAAGUAGACGGGUCCGGUACCAAAGCUCGUCAGUUUGUUGUAAUGGAACUACUUAAAAUGUAGCGUCAUAGCGUUCCUUACAGUUCUCGUGUACUGCAAGCUGGCAAUGUUAAACUUACGGGAUUUGGUACGUACUUUCGAUUCAUCGUAAUCGUGAUUGUUGUCUUACAUUUUAACUCUUAUAUAAUACAAGUGUUGUUACCAGUUAGUAGUAAUGUACACAUAUAUUUUCGUCCCUAAUUUGAAUUAGUUAUUCAAACUAGCCGCUCUGUGUGGUGCCACACGUACUUUUAUGUUAGCGUUGAGGGAAGCAGGGUAAUUAAUUCAAAGUAAGGGCAAGCUAUAGGCCUCUUUUCUUAAUCAGUGAAUUAAUUAGGUAUUUAACUUUCAACUCUGAAUAACAAUACAAUAAGAUCGGUUUCAACUUACAUAAAAUGUAAAUGUAAUAAAACACUGUCUUUAGUAAUGAAUGUUUAAUAUCUUUUUGUGGCAUACGAAUAUCAUCCCGAUUGAAUGAAAGUUGUUGAUUUUAUUUCGACCAUCGAGCCUUUAGUUGUGUAACGAUUACAUGAUUCGAUUUAUUUUAACAAUAUUAAUUUUUAGAUUUAUAAUAUAAUUUUAAAUUUCUACAAGCACUAUUUUUACAUACAGGUGGGUCACUGAAGCCGACGUCCAAAUGGCACUAGGCGGACGGCAAGGUUAUAACAGUUAUCAGAAAAAUAAUAUAAAAAAAUGAAGUCAUAAGUCAAUUUAAGUCUUUUUAGUGAUUAUAAUAGGUCUAGGUUACGAGGAUUUUAGUUACGCUUUGGAAAUACUAGAAUGAAUUUAAGUCCAAAUAACUUGCGAUGAUCUUACCGAAACGUAGUCUCUCACUGUGUACCUAAGCUCAAGGCUGCUCAGCGCGCUAUGGAGCAUCUUUAUGAGAUCGAAUUAAAAGUAACGGAUUAGCAAGUUGUAGUGGCAGUGGGCAGGGCAGGGCCGUCUUAGACUACGCUGAGGACCUUGAGGCACACAAUUAUAUCGUAAAAUCGUAUCGUGAGCGCAUUUAAAAUAUACAAGUUCACAUACACGUUAUACCUAGACCCGAAACAACUAAUUGUAGAUCACACAAAAAUUUGCUCUGAGCGGGAAUCGAACCCGCUACACGUUGAAGGGUAGCCGGUUUCCGCGCAACGUGUAGCGGGUGUGUGUCCAUCUUAAAUUGGCAGUCCUUCAGAGUCCCCUGAGGAUGGGGGCCCUGGGCACGGGCCCCGAGUGCCGUUAUAAUAAAUAGUACUGGGACAGGGGGCUUAC